AAACUGGCCCGAGUGCUGCCUCCGAGUUGGUAAAAUAUUAACGGAGGGGCGUUUUCAGACUGGAACUGGUGCUGGCAAGAGAAUAAGUCAAGAUGAUCGGAGGCCUCUUCGUGUACAACCACAAAGGGGAGGUUCUCAUCUCUCGGGUGUACCGGGACGACAUCGGACGCAAUGCCGUGGACGCUUUUCGUGUAAAUGUGAUCCACGCGAGACAGCAGGUCCGCUCGCCAGUCACCAACAUCGCCCGCACCUCAUUUUUCCACAUAAAGCGGGCCAAUAUUUGGAUGGCUGCGGUGACCAAGCAGAAUGUCAACGCUGCCAUGGUCUUCGAGUUCAUGCUCAAGGUCAUCGACGUAAUGCAGUCGUACUUUGGAAAAAUUUCCGAGGAAAACAUCAAAAAUAAUUUCGUUCUUAUCUACGAGCUGCUUGAUGAAAUCCUUGAUUUUGGCUACCCGCAAAACACGGACACUGGAGUGCUGAAGACUUUCAUCACCCAGCAAGGAAUCAAGUCGCAGACCAAGGAAGAGCAGGCGCAAAUCACUUCUCAGGUCACCGGACAAAUCGGAUGGCGCAGAGAAGGCAUUAAGUACAGGCGCAAUGAGCUUUUCCUCGACGUACUGGAGUACGUCAAUCUGCUCAUGUCUCCGCAAGGCCAAGUUCUGUCUGCGCACGUAGCGGGAAAGGUAGUGAUGAAAUCGUACCUUUCCGGCAUGCCAGAGUGCAAAUUCGGGAUCAACGACAAGAUCGUGAUGGAGGCCAAGGGCAAGGGCAUGACCACGGAGGACCCUGCCAGGUCUGGAAAGCCGGUCGUGGUCAUCGACGACUGCCAGUUCCACCAGUGCGUCAAGCUGUCCAAGUUUGAGACCGAGCACUCCAUCAGCUUCAUUCCCCCAGACGGAGAGUUUGAAUUAAUGAGAUACCGCACAACGAAGGACAUAUCUCUGCCAUUCCGCGUGAUCCCGCUGGUCAGGGAAGUCGGACGAACCAAGAUGGAGGUCAAGGUGGUGCUCAAGUCCAAUUUCAAGCAGUCGCUGCUUGGCCAGAAAAUCGAAGUCAAGAUCCCUACUCCUCUUAACACAUCUGGUGUGCAGCUCAUCUGCCUUAAGGGAAAGGCCAAGUACAAGGCAUCUGAAAACGCCAUAGUCUGGAAAAUCAAGCGCAUGGCAGGAUUAAAAGAAACUCAGCUCUCUGCGGAAAUCGAACUGCUGGAAACUGAUACCAAAAAGAAGUGGACCAGACCUCCUAUUUCUAUGAACUUUGAGGUUCCGUUUGCGCCUUCUGGCUUCAAGGUGCGUUAUCUGAAGGUAUUCGAGUCCAAGCUGAACUAUUCAGACCACGACGUGAUCAAAUGGGUGCGUUACAUUGGCCGCAGUGGGCUGUAUGAGACACGCUGCUAAUCACGGUAAUCUGCCAAAAUUCAACGGGGAAUCUCACGCAUGCAAAUCAACGUUAUCCCAAAAAAAUAAGUGACCACAUUCCAGCUAUCGUGUGUAUCAAGUUGUUCGGGCCUUUUUUAAAACAAAUUGCACACAAAAAAUGCAUGAGGGUAGGACAAUAAAAAAAAACCGCAGUUGUCAGCAGAGUUGAAAGUUUCUUUUGGGAGGUAUUCGCGAUCUUGUUUUGAAUGUGCUGGUGAUAAAUCUUGAAGCAACUUCACAGUCUUGUCUUAUUUUUUAUUAUUAUUUUAAGGAGCUCGUUAUAUUCAAUUUAAUCAUCGGAAAAAAAUCAUUAUUUCGGAAUAUCACAAGAUGAAAAAAGUAGACAUGUAAAAGGUAUGUGUAUGACGUGUAUGACAUUGAUAUCAAUACUAAUAUGAAUAUAUUGAGACAGUUACUGUUACUGCAAUCAUGUAUGAUGUAUGAAGCAUAAAAUAAACCGAUAGAUAUGAUGUUAUGGAAGUCAAAA